UGAAGACGGUUUGCUGCUCGGCCAAAAAGCUUUAUUAGUUCAUCAUGUUUCAUCGAUUACUACAUUUCCACACACAGUCACCGGAUUGGACUCAAACCCAAAUCCAGGCUGCAUGGAGAGAACAGAGACGAGGUGCCAAAGUAUCCAUGACAAUACAAUACAAUUGAUAAACACAAUCAUUCUUCUUUUAAAAUAUAUAUAUAUGAAUUAUUGAGCGUUUCAUUGGCGUCAUAACGUUGUUAUUAACAUUACAUGACGAAUGCCUCAUGUCGUCAUCCGCUCGUGUUUGUCUCAGCUUUGAUUCCAGAGGAGGAUGUUACAAGAAAUGUUGACAACCCGCGUGUAUUUCAACGCUUUUAAAUGUGCGCGGCAAAUAAUGGACACGUUAUUAAAUAGGAGUCAAAUGCGUAACUGCUGUAUUUGUGACUCUUAAAGUGUCUUAGUUUAUAGUGCAAUGCGGGACAAGGAAGUCAAACAGCCCGACAAAACACAACCAUCUCGCCGACAGAGAGAGCCGGUUUCCCGGCUUCUCCCCUCUGCUCUCUCCACCCCUCGCUGCUGCUGCUGCUGCUGAGGCGCACGGAUCGACCGAGAGCGCAACUUCUGUAACGAUGUUGACAUAUUCACACAACAGCGACUCGGGCGGGGUGGCGUUUCACGGCAAAAACCCUUUUUGAGUUUUCCCAAACACCUUUUUAUAAGUCUGAAGUCUGUCCCCCUCCACCCGACCUGUGAACACCACGCCUCCGCAGCCACACAAUUGGUCCGAACGCGUCAAAGAGCCAAUCAAACGCAGCGCUGCCACUCGUAACACGCAGCACAUCCAUACAGUAUGAAGCCCUAUGGGCCACAGAGGCGCUAGGAAAAUCACGGAGCUGGGACCUUACCACCUCUGUCUCUCUUUCUCUCUCUCUCGCUCUCUCUCACUCCCCCUCUCUCUCUCUCCUUCUCGCUCUCUCUUUGGCCGUCAGCGGACUCCUUUCUCUGCACACGUCUUUCUCUGAAAUGUGUGUGCGCGCCAGGGAGAGCGGAGGAAAAAAGUGUGUGUGUGCGUGUGAGGGUGCAUGUCCGGAGCAAGUAAAGGCAGGGGGAUUAUUCGGCGCUAUCGAAAUAUUUCAACACGUCGCCCUCGCUGCAGGACUGGAGCCAAUAAGAAGGAACGCAUUUUAACAGGAAUGCCGAUAUUGUAAACAGCAGCAGCAGAGAAAAGAAUGCGCCGCAGUCAAUUAAGUGACUCACCCGAAGUGGUUCAAUUCGACUAAUGUCCACAAGACAGCGAGACUCGGAGGUGUCCGAUGCGCGUCAGCCUCUGAAGAAAGUCACAGAAGAUUAAUGGAGAACAUUUUGGCAUUUCUCUGUGCAGAGUUUUGACCAAAAAUCUGCUGAGGACUGCAGAGACUUCACAGCAACUCCUUCCCCAGAAAGUGGAUACUUGUAUUUAUGCAGAACUGAAAGAGGGAUUUCCAAAUUCAGAUUUGUUUUUUGUUUUUUUUCCCUCCCUCUUUUGUUUUUAUUUUUGUUUUGUUUUCAUUUGCUCCUCCAGCGCUCGAGUGGUGCGAGUCGUCAGUCAGUAUUGUUAGAAACAUUGUUUCGCAUCCAACCAGCACCAAAUACUUUUGUUGCCCGCUCUUGGAUGAACUUCCUGAUGAGAGAUCCAGUCAUACAGGGAUCGAGUAUGGCAUAUCAUCCCUUUAUGCCUCACCGGGGUCCGGAAUUUGCCAUGAGUGCGAUGCUGGGCCACCAGCCUCCGUUCUUCCCGGCGCUGGCGCUGCCUCACAACGGCUCCCUGUCACUGCCGGGCGCGCUGGGAAAGCCGAUCAUGGACCAGCUGAUGGGAGCAGCAGAGACCGGCCUGCACUUCUCCUCGCUGGGACAUCAAGCCGCGGCCGCGCACCUCCGGCCUCUCAAGACUCUGGAGCCUGAGGAGGAGGUGGAGGAUGAUCCUAAAGUUCACCUGGAAGCCAAGGAGCUUUGGGAGCUCUUCCACAAGAAAGGCACCGAGAUGGUGAUCACAAAAUCCGGAAGGCGGAUGUUUCCCCCGUUCAAAGUGAGGUGCACUGGUCUGGACAAAAAGGCCAAAUACAUUCUCUUGAUGGAUAUAGUUGCAGCCGACGACUGCAGGUACAAAUUUCACAACUCCCGUUGGAUGGUGGCCGGCAAGGCCGACCCCGAAAUGCCAAAGAGGAUGUACAUUCACCCGGACAGUCCGGCCACUGGCGAACAGUGGAUGUCAAAAGUCGUCAAUUUUCACAAACUCAAGCUGACGAACAACAUCUCCGACAAGCAUGGAUUUGUAAGUUCAACUAAUACUAUUCUUAACUCGAUGCAUAAAUAUCAGCCUCGCUUUCACAUUGUGAGAGCCAACGACAUUCUCAAACUCCCGUACAGUACCUUCAGGACAUAUGUUUUCCCUGAAACGGAUUUCAUUGCUGUGACUGCUUAUCAAAAUGACAAGAUUACGCAGCUGAAAAUUGACCAUAACCCAUUUGCCAAAGGAUUCCGUGACACAGGCAACGGGAGACGGGAGAAGAGGAAACAGCUGGCUCUGCAGUCCAUGCGUUCAUACGAGGAGCAGCAGAAAAGAGAGAACGGGGCUUCAGACGACUCCUCGGGCGAACAGGCUCCCUUUAAAUGCUUCGGCCAGGCCUCGUCCCCUGCCGUGUCAACCGUGGGCCCCCCACACCUAAAAGAUUUCUGCGACAGCGACGAGGACAGCGACGACGAGAGCAAAGAUGGACAUCACAUCAAAGACGGUCCGGACUCCAGCAAGAUCUCCACGACCACGGAGGACGGGAAGGAUCACGAGGCGAGUCCGGCUAAGGGGCAUCCUUUUAAAAACAGUGACACUAGCAGCAGGAUGCGGGACAGCAGCGGCUCCAGGACUGAGAAGAGCCAGGCGGACUCGCGGCAGAGUCCCGUCACCGUCAUUUCCAGCACCACGCGCUCCGCGGAAGACCUCAAGAGUCCGAGUCUGGAUCCGCCCAAAACGGACGAGUGCAGCAGGUCAAUCGGCAAGGACAGCUUUAUGCCUUUGAGCGUUCAGACGGACAGCGCGCACAUGGGCCACAGCCACUUGCAUAAUUUUGGAUUUCCUACGGGUCUAACAGGACAACAGUUCUUCAAUCACUUAGGGAGCGCGCACCCCUUUCUUUUGCACCCCAGUCAGUUCAACAUGGGAGGCGCGUUCUCGAACAUGGCCGCGGGCAUGGGGCCACUAUUGGCAGCUGUGUCCACGGCAGGGGUGAACACCAUGGACACAGCCAGCAUGGCAUCAUCGCCGCAAGGCCUGACGGGAGCGCCGGGCCUACCCUUUCAUCUGCAGCAGCAUGUUUUGGCAUCGCAGGGCAUUGCAAUGUCUCCGUUCGGCAGUUUGUUCCCCUAUCCAUACACGUACAUGGCCGCAGCCGCUGCAGCCUCAUCCGCUGCGUCAUCGUCCGUGCACCGACACCCUUUCCUGAACGCGGUGCGCCCCCGACUCAGGUACAGCCCUUACUCCCUCCCCAUGACGGUACCGGACAGCACUCUGCUCACCACCGCCAUGUCGUCUAUGGCGGGCGCCGGGGCCGACCUGAAGGGAGACGGCAUCGUCCCGGUGAGCCCCGGCGUCACCCUGGAUUCCACGUCGGAGGUGACGAGCCACUCGUCCACCAUUUCCUCCGGCUCGGUCUCCAUGUCCCCAAAAACUUGCGCGGAAAAAGACGCCGCCAACGAGCUGCAGAGCAUCCAGCGCCUGGUCAGUGGACUGGACUCAAAUCAGGACAGGCCACGGAGCGGGUCCCCAUAGGAGCUUAUUUGUUAUUAUGUUUUUCUCCUUUUAAAAAUACACACACACACACACACACACACACACACACACACACAUCACCUGCUUCUCGUUUCUAUGUUGUUGAGAAAAAAAGAAGACAGAAACACUACUUUUGACACUUGCCUCAAAUGCAGAUUUUUGUAAAGAAAAGAAAAGAAAAACUUAAAAAGAAACUGUUGGACGUUUUAGUUUCUGAAAUGCACUUUGGUUAAUACACGCCUGAUAUGUAUGGUUCCUUUUCUCCCUCAUCUUUAGCUCUACCUUUUAAUUUUUUGUUAACUUAAACAACACUUUUUAUCCUGUCAUUUGAAUACCGUACAAGUAUUGAAACUGAAAAAAAAGUUGGCAUGGGUGUGACUUACAGAUUUUGGGGGUGAAGUUGCUGCUGUGUUCUGUCUCCCAACUUGAGGAGAAACGUGAUUUUUGUUUGUUUUUUGUUCUUUUUUUGUAUGCACUCUGAUUUGACGUACAUGAAUCCACUCUCGUUUACAGACUGCUGUAUUUUGUUGUACACUAUUUUUCAUAAAAAUUGGCCAAAUUUUGCAUGAUCCACCCCUAACAAAACAAACAAAAAGAAUCUGGAAAACACUUUGUUUUUCACACACAUAUAUAUAUAUAUUUAACAUACCACAUUUAAUUGAAUUGACAGUUUAUUUUAAACACUUUCUUUUUAUUUCCAUGCUAUUUUAAUAUCAGAAUGACGUACAUGACUGAUGCUCCGAGACUAAAAAUGGCUCUCAAGCAUGCGGGAUUGACCCCAAAUGUCCACCAGGCAAAGGGAAGCAGAAAUUUAAAUACUUAAAAAACAAAAACAAAUAAACAAAAAGGUAGUCAUGAUUAUAGGUGUACAUAGAAUAUAUAAAAUAUUUAUGUAAUUAUUUCAUAUUGUUAUUUCGUGUAAAUAGAACUGAGUAGUUUGUUUCUAGGGAACUGUUCUUAAUUUAUUCUCGAUAUACCUGUGUUAAAAAAAAAAAAAAAAAAAAACAGUUUGUGCGCAAUUAUCAUUUGGUUGCCAUCUGCAUUUAUACCCCCUUCUUAAAAUAUGGACUUUAUUCCUUCCCCCAAAACAAUAUCCACUGAUAGUUAUUCACACUCAUGUGCCAUUGUAUUUUCACUUGUUGUCCCCGUGUGUUAAAGUGCUACUGUUUAAAAACAAAAAAAAGAAUGAAAACGCGACAACGCACUGCACCAAUGGCUUGGAAGAAAAGAAAAAUGUUCUUCUUAUUUUUCUUUAAAGAAGAGCAAAAAAAAGAGAGGUGUCGUUGGAGUGUGACAAAAAAGUGGACUAUUUUUUUCUGCUAUUAAAAACAAAUACUUUGCGAGAUGAUCGUCAAAGUGCCGCAUUAUCGAAGAAUAUGAAGGUUUCUUUUGUGUUUCUUAAAUUGUCAGUGGGUUAUGUUGUAUUGGAGUUAUGUCUAGUUUACAACAUCGACAUCGUGUUCUUGAAAGUUUCAAUAAAACAUUGAAAUGCC